GGCGGGUACUCGGGUCACGUGCGCAGCAGCUGGCUGCGGCGAGGUCACAUGACAAGGGGGACGCGGUCACAUGAGCGCCCCAAGAUGGUGGCGGCCAAGCGGGCGCUGCCGUGGUUGGCGGCCUCGCUCCGCCCGAUCAGCUGUACAGCAGCUGGCUCCCUUCCUAAACAAGUGAAAAUAGUUGAAGUUGGCCCCAGAGAUGGACUGCAGAAUGAAAAAAAUAUCGUUCCUACACAGGUGAAAAUCAGCUUAAUUAAUAUGCUGUCUGAAACAGGACUCCCGGUCAUAGAGACUACCAGCUUUGUGUCUCCCAGAUGGGUUCCUCAGAUGGCUGAUCACACAGAAGUCUUGCAGGGAAUUCAGAGAUUUCCUGGUGUUGGCUACCCAGUACUGACACCUAAUCUUAAAGGAUUUCAAACAGCGGUGGCAGCGGGGGCCAAAGAGGUGUCUGUCUUUGGAGCAGCCUCUGAGCUCUUCACGAAGAAGAACAUUAACUGCUCCAUAGAGGAGAGUUUGCAGAGGUUUGGUGAAGUGGUGCAUGCGGCAGGAGCGGCCAGUAUUCCAGUCAGAGGGUAUGUCUCUUGUGUUCUUGGCUGUCCCUAUGAAGGAAAAAUUGCACCUGCUAAAGUGGCAGAAGUAUCCAAGAAGAUGUAUUCAAUGGGAUGCUACGAGAUUUCUCUGGGUGACACCAUUGGCGUUGGGACCCCUGGGAGCAUGAAGGAAAUGCUCUCUGCUGUUGUGAAAGAGAUACCCAUUGGGGCCCUUGCUGUACACUGCCAUGAUACUUACGGGCAGGCUCUUGCCAACAUUUUAGUAGCACUUCAGAUGGGUGUGAGCGUGGUCGAUUCCUCAGUUGCUGGUCUUGGAGGCUGCCCCUACGCACAAGGAGCAUCGGGAAAUGUAGCUACAGAAGAUGUGGUGUACAUGCUGCAUGGCCUUGGGGUUCAUACUGUGAGGAUGGCAGAGAAGAUCCUUGUGACAGGUGGGGCUGGGUACAUUGGCAGUCACUGUGUGCUGGAGCUGGUGGAAGCCGGCUACAUCCCUGUGGUGAUUGACAACUUCCACAAUGCCAUCCGAGGGGGAGAUGCUCUUCCCGAAAGCUUGCAGCGCGUGCAGGAGAUUGUGGGCAAGAAGAUUCUUUUCCAGGAGUUGGAUAUCCUUGAUGAGGUGGCCCUGCAGACCCUCUUUCAGAAGCACCAUUUUUCGGCUGUGGUGCAUUUUGCAGGGCUGAAGGCUGUUGGGGAGUCUGUUGAGAAGCCUUUGAUGUAUUACAAGGUGAACCUUAUGGGGACCAUUCGGCUGCUGGAGACAAUGAAAGCACAUGGGGUGAGGAACAUCGUAUUCAGCAGCUCAGCCACAGUGUACGGAGACCCUGCUUACCUCCCGCUGGAUGAGAACCACCCGGUUGGGGGCUGCACCAACCCCUACGGCAAAUCCAAGUACUUCAUUGAGGAGAUGAUACGAGAUCUGUGCAAGGCCGAGAAGGGUUGGAAUGCUGUUCUCCUCCGCUAUUUCAAUCCCAUUGGAGCCCAUGAGUCAGGAAGAAUCGGAGAAGAUCCCCAAGGAAUCCCCAACAACCUGAUGCCCUACGUUGCUCAAGUAGCAGUGGGGCGCCGGGAGCACCUGAGCGUGUUUGGGGAUGAUUAUAAGACGGCCGAUGGAACAGGUGUCCGGGAUUAUAUCCAUGUUGUGGAUCUAGCCAAAGGUCACAUUGCUGCUUUGAAGAAACUGAAGGAAAAUUGUGGCUGCAAGAUCUACAACCUGGGUACAGGCACUGGCUACUCUGUCCUGCAAAUGGUCAAAGCCAUGGAGAAGGUGUCGGGAAGAGAGGUAAAGUACAAGAUCACUGCACGGCGGGAGGGGGACAUCGCUGCCUGCUACGCCGAUCCCAGCCUGGCUGAGCAGGAGCUGGGCUGGAAAGCUGCCUUUGGGCUGGAUAAGAUGUGUGAAGAUUUGUGGCGGUGGCAGGUGCAGAAUCCCACUGGCUUCAGCAACAACUAGAGCAUUGGUCCCGGGGAGCAGCCAGGCUGGUGCUGGCCUACAAGUCUGGGUCCCCCAGGGAGCGACAGUUGCUUUCUCUCUGGGGGCUGGCUGGCCUGCAUCAUACAGGGCAGCUGAACUUUCCCACCUUUUACCCAGGAGCUGACAUCACUCAUGCCAGGGGGCAGUGGAGAAAGCUGGACUCUGGGGGACGGAAGCUGAGCAGCCCUUAUGCACACUCAGCCGGUGGGCUGCAUAGAGCAGUUAAACCUCCCAGGCCUAUUCAGUGGAAUCCUGCUGUGAAGGAACAGAGCCCACCAAGCCACGCCGGGCUCCCAUGGGAAGAAGCUUGCUCCUUCAGUGCCCAGGAUCUUGGCUGCUGCUCCUUUCAGAGAUGGUCACGGGCAAGGGCCCACUCACUACCUCAUGAGUGCAGGACACAACUGCUGCAGCUACUCCAGGGCUGGGCCAUGGCUUCACUUUUGUAACCCUGGGCCCAUCCUGCCCCCCAGGGCUGGGAACAGCUGCACUCCUGGGCGGUUCAGUCUUCCAUGGGCCAGGUUUACACCUUGCCUGUCCCACUGGAGCAGUUUGCUCCCUGCUUCAGUUCCUCAUCCUUGCCAUUAGGGACCAAAUGAGAUUGUUACUGUGUGGGUGUGUCUGGCCCCGCUAGCUCUACAGCAGUUGGGCUGGGUGUAGUCAGUAACUCUUGUAGGACAGCAUGGGCCGGUGACAGGAAAGUCGCACUCCUUUACCUAGCCCUCUGGGGCUGUAGAUGGGCCUCUAGCCACGGGCCUCGAGGUUGCCAGCUCCCUCAGCAAGUGGCUGUGGUAGCUACAGUCAGAUUCCCCACAGCCUGCCUGAGGCAGGGGUUUGUUUUUCUAGCUACUGAAGGUUUUAUUUAUUACAGCAGCUCUACCCAUUACUGUGGGCCACAGGGUCCCGGCUGUUUUCACGCCGCCUGCUCCGAACUGAUGCUACUGAAUGAUGCGUUGAGAAUUUGAUUGCCUCAGGGGUUAGCAUGAUUCAGAACUGCUCCUACCGUUGAGAGGAGCUAGCGCCACGCUGCAGCACCAGUGCAUUAAAGAGACCAACACAAGG